GCUUUUCCUUCUUCACUUAAAAAAUAUAAAGCACGCUCUCUCUCAAACCCUAACGUAAGUUGUAGAUUUAGAAUUGACUUCAUUCUGAGUCCAAAGGCUAAGAGUGGGGCAUCUAGUCCGAAUACUACAGAAACUCGGAUUCAAUCAGAUUAGAGGCGGCGAAUUGGGAUUUCAGGCGGUUGUCAACUACUCCUAUAUGUUUGAGGCGGCAUAGUCGGGUUUCCUGAUUGAAGAAUGUCGAACUUGGGGGGUGGUGCAGAGGCACAUGCACGUUUCAAACAGUAUGAAUACAGAGCUAACUCAAGUCUAGUCCUAACCACUGAUUCUCGUCCUCGUGACACACAUGAACCCAGUGGCGAACCCGAAUCGCUUUAUGGUAAAAUAGACCCAAAAACAUUUGGUGAUCGAGCUUAUAAGGGCAGACCUCCUGAAUUAGAUGAGAAGCUUGAAAAGGCUAGGAAGAAGAAGGAGCGGCAGCGGGACCCACUUGUAUCCGAGCCCCCCACCAGGAAGAAGAGACGUUUACUUGUUCAGGAAGAAAGUGUUCUUACUUCAACUGAGGAAGGUGUGUACCAGCCUAAGACUAAGGAGACUAGGGCCGCUUAUGAGGCUAUGCUCAGUAUGAUUCAGCAGCAACUUGGUGGACAGCCGUUGAACAUUGUGAGCGGGGCAGCUGAUGAGAUAUUGGCUGUGUUGAAGAAUGAUAACUUUAAGAAUCCUGACAAGAAGAAGGAAAUUGAAAAGCUGUUGAAUCCGAUAUCCAACCAGGUGUUCGAUCAGUUGGUGUCGAUUGGGCGACUCAUCACUGAUUAUCAAGGCGAUGGUGAUGCGGCAGCGGUGACUGGUGCAGGUGAUGGUGAUGAAGCUCUUGACGAUGAUGUCGGGGUAGCGGUUGAGUUCGAGGAGAAUGAAGAGGAAGAUGAUGAAGAGAGUGACCUUGAUGUAGUGCCUGAUGAUGAAGAGGAUGAUGAUGAUGUGCUGGAAGCUAGUGGUUCUGGUGCUAUGCAGAUGGGUGGUGGCAUUGACGAUGAUGAGAUGCGCGAGGCGGAUGAGGGUAUGGCGUUGAAUGUGCAGGACAUGGAUGCUUAUUGGCUUCAGAGAAAGAUCUCUCAAGCUUACGAGCAGCAGAUUGAUCCGCAACAGAGCCAAAAGCUUGCUGAAGAGGUUCUUAAGAUUCUUGCUGAAGGCGAUGAUCGUGAAGUGGAAACCAAGUUACUGGUGCAUCUCCAGUUUGAUAAGUUCAGUCUCAUCAAAUAUCUUCUGCGGAACCGGCUAAAGGUAGUAUGGGGUACUCGUCUUGCAAGGGCCGACGAGCAAGAGAAAAAGGAGAUUGAAGAAGAGAUGUUGGGAUUGGGGCCUGAUCAUGCCGCAAUAUUAGGGCAGCUGCAUGCUACUAGGGCUACCCCAAAAGAGAGGCAGAAGAUUCUUGAAAAAAGCAUUAGAGAAGAGGCUCGGCGUCUUAAAGAUGAGACUGGUGUUGACGGUGGCGGAGAAAGGAGGACGGCAGUUGUAGAUAGAGACGUUGAUAAUGGUUGGUUAAUGGGGCAGCGUCAGUUACUUGAUCUUGACGACCUUGCAUUUCAUCAAGGCGGUUUGUUGAUGGCAAAUAAGAAAUGUGAGCUUCCAGUGGGGUCUUAUAGGAAUCAUAAGAAGGGGUACGAGGAAGUUCACGUGCCUGCUUUGAAGCCAAAGCCACUAGCCGCUGGUGAAGAGCUUGUGAAGAUAUCCUCUAUUCCGGAGUGGGCUCAACCAGCGUUCAGUGGGAUGACACAAUUGAACAGGGUGCAGAGUAAAGUAUAUGAGACUGCCCUCUUCUCUCCGGAGAACAUUUUGCUAUGUGCUCCAACUGGUGCUGGGAAGACCAAUGUAGCUAUGCUCACUAUACUUCAGCAAAUUGCACUUAACCGCAACGAAGAUGGAUCAUUCAACCACAACAAUUAUAAAAUUGUAUAUGUGGCACCCAUGAAAGCCCUUGUUGCUGAAGUGGUUGGUAAUCUCUCCAAGCGUUUGGAACAUUAUGGUGUCCAGGUGAAAGAGUUGAGUGGCGAUCAAACAUUAACUCGUCAACAGAUUGAAGAGACUCAAAUUAUUGUGACUACCCCAGAGAAAUGGGAUAUUAUAACCAGAAAGUCAGGUGAUCGCACAUAUACACAGCUUGUUAAACUUCUUAUUAUUGAUGAGAUACAUCUCCUGCAUGACAACCGAGGUCCUGUCUUGGAGAGUAUCAUUGCGAGAACUAUUAGACAGAUUGAAACCACGAAAGAACAUAUUCGGCUUGUUGGAUUAUCAGCAACGCUUCCAAAUUAUGAAGACGUGGCUGUGUUUUUGCGAGUUGAUCUGGACAAAGGUCUCUUCCAUUUUGACAAUAGCUAUAGACCUGUACCGUUGGCUCAACAGUAUAUUGGAAUUACUGUUAAGAAGCCACUGCAGAGAUUCCAGUUGAUGAAUGAUGUUUGCUAUGAGAAGGUGAUUAGUGUUGCAGGCAAGCAUCAGGUGCUUAUUUUUGUGCAUUCAAGGAAGGAAACAAGUAAAACAGCUCGGGCAAUAAGGGAUACUGCACUUGCUAAAGACACCCUUGGAAAGUUUUUGAAGGAGGAGAGUGUAGCUAGGGAGAUUCUACAGUCUCAAACUGAGCUUGUCAAGAGCAAUGACCUCAAAGAUCUUUUACCAUAUGGCUUUGCGAUUCACCAUGCAGGGUUGGUUAGAACUGAUCGGCAACUUGUGGAGGAGCUUUUUGCUGAUGGUCAUGUGCAAGUGUUGGUUUCAACUGCAACUUUAGCGUGGGGUGUCAAUUUACCUGCACAUACCGUCAUCAUAAAGGGUACCCAGAUUUACAAUCCUGAAAAAGGAGCAUGGACUGAACUCAGUCCUCUUGAUGUUAUGCAAAUGCUUGGCCGUGCUGGAAGGCCUCAAUAUGACACUUAUGGCGAAGGAAUCAUCAUAACCGGGCACAGUGAAUUGCAGUACUAUCUUUCUUUGAUGAAUCAGCAGCUUCCUAUUGAAAGUCAGUUCAUAUCCAAGUUGGCUGAUCAGUUGAAUGCAGAGAUUGUCCUUGGGACAGUACUGAAUGCCAAAGAAGCAUGCAAGUGGCUCCUAUAUACUUACCUCUAUGUUCGCAUGGUGCGGAAUCCCACACUCUAUGGUCUAGCUGCUGAUGCUCUCAAAACUGAUUAUACUUUGGAGGAAAGGCGUGCCGACUUGGUCCAUUCUGCUGCUACAUUGCUGGACAAGAAUAACUUGGUCAAGUAUGAUAGGAAAAGUGGAUAUUUCCAGGUGACUGACUUGGGUCGUAUUGCGAGCUAUUAUUAUAUAACUCAUGGGACAAUUUCCACAUACAAUGAGCAUUUGAAGCCUACGAUGGGUGAUAUUGAACUUUGUCGGCUUUUCUCUCUAAGUGAGGAAUUCAAAUAUGUAACAGUCAGACAAGAUGAGAAAAUGGAAUUGGCAAAGCUUCUGGAUCGUGUUCCUAUUCCGGUAAAAGAGAGUCUUGAGGAGCCUAGUGCCAAGAUCAAUGUUCUAUUGCAGGCAUAUAUUUCACGGUUGAAGCUUGAAGGGUUGUCUCUGUCAUCUGACAUGGUUUAUAUAACUCAGAGUGCUGCACGUCUGAUGCGAGCCCUUUUUGAGAUUGUUCUGAAGAGAGGAUGGGCUCA